AUGGCUUGGGUUCGAUGGGGCCUCUUCCUGUCGGUCGGGUUCUUCCUCUCCCCGGUGUGUGUGUCGGUGGACCAGGCCGGCUUCAGGAGGCUGCUCGUCCUGCAGCCCGGCCCCGGCUCUGCUGCAGGGAGCUCCGGGCUGAGGCUCAGCUCCGGACAGAGGCUCACAUACACCGUGGAGAUCCCCGCUGACCACGCUGGACCCGUCCGGACCCGCAGGAUGGGACACCAGGCGGCUGCAGCCCCGCAGUUCAGCCGGCAGGAGCAGCCCAUGAGACGGGCUGGGGUAAAUGUCUGUGGAGGGCAGUGCUGUCAUGGAUGGAGUACAGCUCAGGGAUCGCAGCGGUGCACAAAGCCCAACUGCAUCCCUCAAUGCCAGAAUGGAGGAAUGUGCCUCAGGCCUCAGCUCUGUGUCUGCAAGCCUGGCUCAAAUGGAAAGGCAUGCGAACUGAAGACGGUGGCCACACAUCCCUUUCCAGCCCUGCCCGGGAAUGGGCCCACCAACAGGCAUACCGCUGGUAACUCAAAUGGACACACCAAUGGACACAAUGUGGUUCCCAAUCGGCCCAUACCUCAGCAAGUUCCUCCCAAUGGUUAUAACUCUGCACCCCCUCCAUCCAAUAACAUGGCCCAGAUGAAACUAAGUGUCAAGUCGGCCCGCCAGCUUGUAAGACCACAUUACGUCCAACAGCACAUUCAACAACAGAUCCUGCCAAUGCCCGUGCACCCAGGUCAGAGUCAGCAGUAUGUUUUAAAGCCCAAAUACUACCACACACACACCACGCACACACAGACCCAUGUCCAAUCCCAACCUGAGAGGCCAAUCCCCUUGACAGUGGGACACAACCCUCUCCAUGGGGGCAACCAUACAGGAAGGAUCAAGGUGGUCUUCACACCAACCAUCUGCAAAUUAACCUGCAUAGGAGGCAGAUGUCACAACAACUGUGAGCUGGGAAACACUACCACCAUCAUCAGUGAGAAUGGCCAUGCUACAGACACCCUGACAGCACCUAACUUCAGAGUAGUGGUUUGUCACUUGCCGUGUAUAAAUGGUGGGAAGUGCAGCACCAGGGACAAGUGUCAGUGCCCUCCCAACUUCACAGGAAAGUUCUGCCAGAUGCGUGUUCAGAAUGGACACCAGCAGACGUCAGGCAGCUACGGCCAAACUCAGGUCCACUCCACACAUACACUGCCUCUGACCUACAGCCACGGACAGAAUCCCGUGUUCAGCCCUAGCAUUGUCAACAUCCACAUAAAACAUCCUCCAGAGGCCUCCGUCCAGGUCCACCAGGUUUCCCAGCUGGAUAACUACAACAACAACGGGCACCAGCUGAAAGGUUCCCAGUCAGGUUCCUCUUCAUCCACCAGUUACACCUAUCACCACACAGAGAGCAGCCAGAAGAUCCAGCACCACGGCUACAACUUAGUUUAUCCCAGCCAGCAUGGCUACCAGGUCCCCCAGUACCAACCCGUCGCCUCCAAGAACACUCUGGGUCGUUGCUUCCAGGAGACAGCAGGGAGUCAGUGUGGGAAGGCUCUGCCAGGUCUAACUAAGCAGGAGCAGUGCUGUGGGACCAUUGGGACAUCCUGGGGUUUCCACAAAUGCCAGAAGUGUCCAAAGAAACCAUCUAUUCCUCUGAUAGAUUGUCCUCAGGGUUACAAGCGAAUAAACAGCACCCAUUGCCAAGAUUUAGAUGAGUGCCAGCUACAGGGAGUGUGUUCUAAUGGAAACUGUCUGAACAUCGUGGGCAGCUACAGGUGCAUGUGUAAAUCCGGCUAUGUCCCUGACCCAACACUCACCUCUUGCAUAUCCAGCACGCCUGCCAUCCAAGAGGAGAAGGGGGCUUGCUUCCGUUUGGUCAGCUCAGGGAGGCAAUGUUUGCACCCAGUUUCUACCCAGCUGAGCAAACAGCUCUGCUGCUGCAGUGUGGGUAAAGCCUGGGGCCCUCGUUGUGACAAAUGCCCCCCUCAAGGAACAGUUAGGUUCAAGGAGAUCUGUCCAGGUGGAAUGGGCUACACUGUUCUACCAAAUCCGCCUGUCAAUAAGCCAGUCAUCAACCAGGAGCCCAUUCACCCGCUUCCCCCCCAACCCUUGCCAACACCAGAGAGACCAGUGGAGGCCUUUGGGAAGCCAGAAGAGACUAUACCAGUAGCAACAACUGCACCAGAUAAGGAGCUGGUAGUUCCUGUGGUUAUUAAUAGGCCAGUAGUUGAACCUAUCCAGCCCCAGCUAUCUCCAGGUGUAUCCACUGUCAGGAUCGAGCCAGCCUACCCAGAGGUUUUUGAGAGGAGCUCUCCUCCCACACCAGUGGAGAUCCUCCCAUCUAAUGCAGGCCAGGAUAUCGCUCCCACCCAGUCAGCUGAGGUUGAUGAGUGCCAGAUCGACCCUUAUAUCUGUGGCCAGGGGAUUUGUUACAACACAGCUGAGGGUUACACCUGCCACUGUGAUGAGGGAUACCGCCUGGAUGAAGCCCAAACCACCUGUGUAGAUGUAGAUGAAUGUUUGGAAAGUCCAUCUUUGUGCUUUGGCGGUCGCUGCAAGAACACAGAAGGCAGUUUUCUGUGUGUGUGUCCACAGGGACUGCUCGUCGAUGAGGAGGGAACCAGUUGUUUUGAUAUAGAUGAGUGCCAGGAUCAGCGGGUCUGCACCAGAGGCCACUGCCAGAACACUGAAGGCUCCUUUAUCUGUCACUGUGGGCAAGGCUUUAGAGUGUCCUCCGUGGGAGACCAUUGUGAUGAUGUGGAUGAGUGUUUAGAAGAACCCAGGCCCUGUGAGGCUGUAGGGGAGUGUGUUAACAACAUUGGCUCCUACACCUGUACCUGCCCCCAGGGAUACCGACAGAUCAACGGCACCAGCUGCAGAGAUGUUGAUGAAUGUGUGGAAGAACCAGAGCUCUGUUCGCCCCAUGGAGAGUGUCUCAACACAGAGGGGUCUUUUCUGUGUUUGUGUGAGAAUGGAUUCACUGCCAGCCUCGACACGCCCUCCUGUGACGAUAUUGAUGAGUGUGGACUCAAUGAGACACUGUGUGGCCCUCGUGGCUUCUGUGAGAACAGACUGGGUUCCUUCCAAUGCCUCUGUGAGCAGGGCUACCAUGAGUCCCAGGAUGGCCGAGACUGUGUGGAUGUGAAUGAGUGUGAGUUGCUGAGCAGUGUGUGUGGAGAGGCCCAGUGUGUGAACGUUGAUGGUUCUUUCCUCUGCAUGUGUCCCAGCGGCCAGGACUAUAACAUCAUGAUCGCCAAGUGUGAGCCCGUUCCCACAGUGUCAUCAGUGGAGCACAAAGAGUGCUACUAUCGUCUGAACGAUGAGAACCUGUGUGAGAGUGUGCUGAUCAGCCAUGUCACCCUGGAGGAGUGCUGCUGCACACUGGGAGCCGGAUGGGGUGACAACUGUGAGGUGCAUCCCUGUCCUGUCAAUGGCACAGACCAGUUCAAUGAGAUGUGUCCAUCUGGAAGAGGUUUUCUUCCCAAUGUAGACUUACUGUAUGGAGUACCCACAUCUGACAGCUACAGAGAUGCAGAUGAAUGCACACUGUUUGGCAAGGAAGUGUGUAAAGGAGGCUUCUGUAUGAAUACUGUUGGCAGCUACGAAUGUUUCUGCAAGACGGGACAGGACUACGAUGCUGUCAAACUGGAGUGCAGAGAGCAACAGGAGGCGGAGCAGAUAGACUACCUGGGUAUCUGCUGGCAGACGGUGACAGAAACCAUGACAUGCAUGAGGCCGCUGGGUUCCAACAGGAAGACCACGUACACAGAGUGCUGCUGUCUGCACGGAGAGGCCUGGGGCAUGGACUGUGCUUUGUGUCCACCCAGAAACACCGAGGAUUAUGCGUCCAUGUGUAACCUUGGCGGGCGGCAGGCGUAUGGUCACGAUGCCCUUGUUGCCGGCCCAAUCCAUGAAUAUGAAGUGAGCCCAGACUAUUCACCAUCACAAGAGCAGCAGGCUGUCCUGCCUUUUUACAAGAACGAGGAGCAUCCAAUUAAGGCAUUUGAGGGUUUGCUAGCAGAGGAGUGUGGGAUUCUGAAUGGUUGUGAGAACGGCCGGUGUGUCCGGGUUCAGGAGGGUUACACCUGCGACUGUUUCGAUGGAUACACCCUGGACCUGUCCCGCAUGGCCUGCGUUGAUUUGAACGAGUGUUCAGAGCUAAACAAUCGGAUGUCCUUGUGUAAAAAUGCAAAGUGCAUCAACACAGUGGGCUCCUAUCAGUGUGUGUGUCUGCCAGGCUUCACUGCCUCUGACAAACCCAACUACUGUGUGGCAGCAACUCACCAAACAUCAACACGCACAGUGAGCAUGGACGGACACUAAGGGGCGACAAGAGACACUAAAGCCACACACACAAGCUUGUAUUGCUAUACUUGUGAGGACAUCCAGCGACAUUUAGCAACUGCAAAAACCCUCAACACUUAACCUAAAGUUGAACCCGGUUUGGUAAAGUGUCCAAUAGCACUCAUAAAUCCCAAAACACCUCAGGGGGUGUACCUUUUAAACUGUUAAAGUACUAUUUCCAGUCUUUGCCCAAAAUCAAAAUCAAACCUCAAAAACAUGAACCUUAAACCUGCCUUUAAUUGAAUAUAGUUCUUAUUCUGCUCUACAUCACUAUGGAUUUUUUUUUCAAAGUGUUGUUUUGUGUUUUUCAUAAUUUUAGUGGUGUUUUUACGAUAUACCUGUCCUAUAUAUUAAAACGGACUCCCAAUGUUAUGACCUAAUUAAAAAAAAGCAACAUCAAGAAGAAAAACAAGAUAUCUUAAUAUAUCAAUCAAAUUUAUUUUUUUUAGCAAAAAGUAGGUUAUAUGCCAGAAUAACCAUUAUUUCAUUCCAAUUGGAAGUUUUGAAAGCAUUAUGUGUAAUAUUUAGAGACAUUAACAUAAAAUGGUUAAGGGUAAAUAUGGUAUAAUUUUGGACUUAGCCAAUAAGUCUACAGUCUCAUGUAGGUAUAAUAUUUGCAAUGUUUGCUGUUAGUUUUGGGCAUGUUUGAAUGCUAGUAUUUGCUUAAUAGCAUAAAUCUGAAAUCGCAGCUGAGGCUGGACUGUCAUUAGUUCUAGGGGUAUGUAAUCAUAAACCAAAGCAUUGGACAUGUGACAUUUUAACGUGAUCACCAAAGACAUGUCAGCUGACAUUGCCAUCCCUUGUUCUAGCGUGGCUCAUACGUUUUUCUUGAAAGUAUCAUUACGAAAUUUCUACCAACAUAUAUAUUUAUAGUCCUCCCGGAGUAAAAAAAUCAACUUACUUGGCUCAACAUUUGAUUGAGUCCCUAAUGAUAAAUGUUAAGUUAUGUUUAAUAAUGGUUUAUGCAUUUAACAUUGUAAUUGUUUAAAUCAAGAGGUAAAUGCUAAAUUAAAGCCAAACAACUUUGCCCUAAACUUUAUCUACAUACUAUACAUUACUAUAUUUUAAAUGAGGAACUCAAAGAGGUGCAGAUCAGCUAGUAUGUCUUUAAGAGCUUCACUUUUUUUGAUCUAUGAGGGGACAUCUGGUCCAUAAAAGUAUAGAAAUACAACAAACACAGAAACACACACAUACUUAUUAAUCAAAGCCCAUAUAUUCUGCACUGUAAAACAUACACACUACAUGAAACAAACAGUAAUUUACUUGAGAUGAAGAUUAAACUUAAUCUACUAUGUGGUGAAAAUGUAUGUUUUGUCUCUUGCUUUUCUAAGUUUGUGUCUUAUUUUGUUCUUAAGUAGCGUUUUAUGUGUGUUAGAGCCCAAUUGCUCAUUUAAUGUAUCGACAAACCUUGUGCUGGGGGAUCCAGUUGUUUUUUCUACCCAGUCAAACUGAUUGUGGAUAUUUAAUUAUGUGAAGACGCCAACUGUGUGCUAACAGUGCCAUCCCUCUGUCUGCCAUAAAUAAAAGCUUUUUGCUACACUACAGCUCGCCAAAUCCUGUAAUAUGCACAUGUUGAUGUUAUGAAGAAAGUUGCGAAUUUAAAACCUUUGGUGUAAGCUUUUUGUUCGAUGUUGUCUCUGUUUUGUAAGAAUGGUAAAAUGCAAUUAUAAAACGACUUAUUUUCCGAGACAUAAUACAAUGCCUUGUGUCUGUGUCUCACAAAGAACUAAAAGACUUUGAGUUUCAUGGUAUUGCUUCCUUUCUUCCGUCCUUCAACAUAUACAGAGGGUAUGUUGAGAUGACUGAAAUGCAUUUUUAUUUUUCAUAAUUCUCUUAGUUUUGCAAGGUUGUAAAGCUGCUAUGGGACAGCGAUGGGAGUGGAUAAACGUGUGUACAUUUAAACAAAGAGUGGAGAAAACAGCUGAUUUAUUUGUAAUUUGUAAAUGAUAAAUAGCUUUUUCUAUGAAUUCAUAUUACAGUGUACAUUAAACUCCUUGGUAAUAAACCACAAAUUGUGA